AGCGCCGCCGUAGUAAUGGCGGCGCCCGGGCGGCGGUGGCCGGUGCGGCUGCUCCUCGCGCCGCGGCCGCUGCCCGUGCACCGGUCCUUGCACGCCGCGGCCCCGCCGCGGGACGUGCUGCUCUUCGAGCACGAACGGGGCCGCUUCUUCGCGGUCCUCGGGCUGUUCUGCGCGGGCCAGGGCGUCUUCUGGGCCUCCCUGGCCGUGGCAGCUUUGGCCCGACCCCCGGCCCGGCCGCUGUCUCCAGACGCGGAAUUCCCGGACCGCGGCCGCUCGGACCUGCGCUCCAUGCUCUGGCGCUACGGCCUGGCGCUCGGCUGCGGCGCCAUCGGUACCCUGGUACUUGGUGCCGGUCUCCUCUUCUCCCUCCGUUCUGUGCGUUCAGUGAUGCUAUUGGCUGGAGGAAAGCAGGUGACCCUCACCACUCACGCUCCCUUUGGCUUGGGUGCCCAUUUCACCGUUCCUCUGAACCACGUAUCCUGCAUGGCCCACCGUGGUGAAGUCCCUGCCAUGUUGCCUCUGAAGAUCAAAGGCCGGCGCUUCUACUUCCUCUUGGACAAGGCUGGACAUUUCCCCAACACGAAACUCUUUGACAACACUGUGGGUGCCUACCGCAGCUUGUGAAGAGACCACCGCGGAUGGCUCACCCCUCCCAGAGGGGAAUAAAAACCGGAGCUCAGGGAUGGGGGUCACCCAAGGGGGCCCAGGGUUCAUUAACAGCAAAUAAAAGAGCAGUCAUCCCAAAGGCAGCAGACAGUACCUCUGACUUUUGGUUCCGUGUCUGUUUGGCUUUCGCUCCCGUCCUCCGAUCCACCUGCCGACAGUGCUUUCAACACCAAGAACUCAGUACCAAGAUGAAGGAAAAAAGUAAUCUAAUAUUUUGGUACAAAAACAGCUGUAGGAAGAGAGGUGGAGGGAGCCCAUGGUCACGUUUCCCUCGUGGAGGGAAAAACAGGCUCCCGGUAUAAACAGGGCCACGUGGGGGCAAGAGGACUGUAGGCACGUGGGCAUGGAGUCUUUGGCUGCAGGAAGGAUUUUCUGGUUACUCUUCAGGAAGGGGAAAGGCGUGGCCCAACAAGAACAUCUGUCUCAGAGCUCCAUUCGGGGUCCCCCCGCUCCAGAGGCCGAUAAGGUGUGGCUUCAGACUUCCACUGCACCACCUGAAGCAUCAAGACCACACACCACAAUACCAGAUUCACCCAAGAAGAGGUCUGUGGGAAACAGGAACAAGAGCGUGAGGAACGUGGCCAUCUUGAAUCCAGUUCCACCCACAUACAGCUAUUUGCUCGCUGUCAGGUCAACAAGCCCAUCAGCCCCUCUCAGCCUCUCACUGGUGGGCACCCUGCCAACUACAGAUGCUUAUAGGAGUCUGUGGACCCCUGAGUUUCCACCUAGUCUUUCAUGUCCCAGAACCUCACUUCAGCAUCGUAUAGGUUGGAGUAAAACUUCAGAGCGGUUCCAGGGGGUGUCCAUGGAAUUUUCUGGGCUUCGGAGCAGCUGUGAGGUCAAAAGAUGGUGGUGAGAAAGGGAGGAUAUACCCCAAACAUACCUGUGCCCGGAUGCCCUCUGAGAGGAGAACUGAGAGGGACAAAAAGGGAAGGCAGUCAGCCCGAGCCAGGGUUCCCUCCCUCUCCCAUUACCUAAUUGUAAUGUUCAGGGAGACGAUGGAUUUGCAGAGAGAACGGGUGCCAAAUCGAAGGAUACAGGCAGACACUAAGACCAGGAAGGUGGCUAUAGCAGAGAUGGCCAGUGCAAUGCGGAGCCCUGUAGGGCCUCUGAGGAGGGAGAGAACAAGCCUUGUGGUUGGAAUGGGCCUUCCCCGAGCUCAGCCCCUGACUCUCAGGGUAGGGCAGUCACCUGUGGGAGUCCUCGAUGCAGCUGCUGUAGACCCAGAAGAGCAGGAGCAGGAGGCAGUAGAGGGCCAGGAGGCCAGAGACCCCGGCCACAAAGUAGCAGAGGGAUGGGGCCGAGGGUUGGGAUAAAGCCAGGGAGGAGCCAUUGAGGGCGGCCACGCCGUACAAGGGACAGUGGCUACUGAAGGAACCCUGUGAAGAGAAGCUGCUGAGUCCUACCUAGAUUUCAGGUUAGAGCCUGGGUGCAGGCUCCGGGCAGGUGUGAGGGAUAAUCUAGGAGAGGGCCACCCUAGGAAGUUAUUUAUGCACUGUCAGUUCCUGUUUCUGGGCCAGUAGACUGAUGGAGAGGGCCUGCUGGGGAAGUCAAACCUGCAGCGGACAGAAGGAUCAGGAAAUAGGCGGUGGUUAUAAAAGACAGUGAGCUUCACAGAUGCCUCACAAGUUCUG